AUGGCACAAUAUUUCGUUGAUAAAGCACUCGCAGCCAUGCCUGAUAUUGCUCCUGAUGGGCCAUUGAAGGGAAAAGGUCUACUCUCGCCCAUAGGUGACCCUCUGGGCCACGUCUUCGACAAAGGGCUAAUGCCCGUCGGUCACGUUGUGGGAGCAGUAGCGAAGCCGAAUGGGCAGGCGUUUCUGGACGUGCAGAAGGAUGCUAAGGAGAAGAUCACGGGUGUGAAAGAAGAUGACGACAACGAGGAGAAGGAGAACAAGAAGUCGAAUGAGGAGAAGCCGGGUGGGAAGAGCAUUGGUGGCAAUGCUCAGACGGGGCAGAAUCCGCUUGGCCUCUGA